GUGACCCGGGUGGGAAAGCCCUCCGCGUCCGCCAUUUUGGCUGCCUCUGUCGGUCUGUUCAGUUACCACGUGAACCGCCGACAGAGACCCGUAGUGGGGGAGGCGGCGGCAGCGUUAAGUGAAAAAGGGAAAAAGACAACGAGGAAAAAGGAGGUGUCCGGGUAGGGCAACGCGGCGACACCCGAGGCCUGGUGGUGGCGGCGGAUCGGGAUAUUCAAGGCUGAAGCAGCCAGGGUACGGCAGCGGCGGCGGUCGGACAAACUGACUGACCGAGCCGGGUGGUGGCGGGAGCAGCGGGAGCAGCCGGAACGAUGCCGGCCGUGAGCCUCCCGCCCAAGGAGAAUGCGCUCUUCAAGCGGAUCUUGAGGUGUUAUGAACAUAAACAGUAUAGGAAUGGACUGAAAUUCUGUAAACAAAUACUUUCUAAUCCCAAAUUUGCAGAGCAUGGAGAAACCCUGGCAAUGAAAGGAUUAACACUGAACUGUUUGGGGAAAAAGGAAGAAGCUUAUGAAUUGGUUCGUAGAGGUUUGAGAAAUGACUUGAAGAGUCAUGUGUGUUGGCAUGUUUAUGGCCUUCUUCAGAGGUCAGACAAGAAGUAUGAUGAAGCCAUUAAGUGUUACAGAAAUGCACUAAAAUGGGAUAAAGACAAUCUUCAAAUCUUAAGGGACCUUUCCUUACUACAGAUUCAAAUGCGAGAUCUUGAGGGUUACAGAGAAACGAGAUAUCAAUUACUUCAGCUUCGACCUGCACAGAGAGCAUCAUGGAUUGGUUAUGCUAUUGCUUACCAUUUAUUAGAAGAUUAUGAAAUGGCAGCAAAGAUUUUAGAAGAAUUUAGGAAAACACAACAGACAUCCCCUGAUAAGGUGGACUAUGAAUAUAGUGAACUACUUCUAUAUCAGAAUCAAGUUCUUCGGGAAGCAGGUCUCUAUAGAGAAGCUUUGGAACAUCUUUGUACCUAUGAAAAGCAGAUUUGUGAUAAACUUGCUGUAGAAGAAACCAAAGGGGAACUUCUGUUACAACUGUGUCGUUUGGAAGAUGCUGCAGAUGUUUAUAGAGGAUUGCAAGAGAGAAAUCCUGAAAACUGGGCCUAUUACAAAGGCUUGGAAAAAGCACUCAAGCCAGCUAAUAUGUUAGAACGGCUAAAAAUUUACGAGGAGGCCUGGACUAAAUAUCCUAGGGGACUGGUGCCACGAAGGCUGCCGUUAAACUUUUUAUCUGGUGAGAAGUUUAAAGAAUGUUUGGAUAAGUUCCUAAGGAUGAAUUUCAGCAAGGGUUGCCCACCAGUCUUCAAUACUUUAAGAUCAUUAUACAAAGAUAAAGAAAAGGUGGCAAUCAUAGAAGAGUUAGUAGUAGGUUAUGAAACCUCUCUAAAAAGCUGCCGGUUAUUUAACCCCAAUGAUGAUGGAAAGGAGGAACCACCAACCACAUUACUUUGGGUCCAGUACUACUUGGCACAACAUUAUGACAAAAUUGGUCAGCCAUCUAUUGCUCUGGAGUACAUAAAUACUGCUAUUGAAAGUACACCUACAUUAAUAGAACUCUUUCUUGUGAAAGCUAAAAUCUAUAAGCACGCUGGAAAUAUUAAAGAAGCUGCAAGGUGGAUGGAUGAGGCCCAGGCCUUGGACACAGCAGACAGAUUUAUCAACUCCAAAUGUGCAAAAUAUAUGCUAAAAGCCAAUCUGAUUAAAGAAGCUGAAGAAAUGUGCUCAAAGUUUACGAGGGAAGGAACAUCAGCAGUAGAGAAUUUGAAUGAAAUGCAGUGUAUGUGGUUCCAAACAGAAUGUGCCCAGGCUUAUAAAGCAAUGAAUAAAUUUGGUGAAGCACUUAAGAAAUGUCAUGAGAUUGAGAGACAUUUUAUAGAAAUCACUGAUGACCAGUUUGACUUUCAUACAUACUGUAUGAGGAAGAUUACCCUUAGAUCAUAUGUGGACUUAUUAAAACUAGAAGAUGUACUUCGGCAGCAUCCAUUUUACUUCAAGGCAGCAAGAAUUGCUAUAGAGAUCUAUCUGAAGCUUCAUGACAACCCCCUUACAGAUGAGAAUAAAGAACAUGAAGCUGAUACAGCAAACAUGUCUGACAAAGAGCUAAAGAAGCUACGUAAUAAACAAAGAAGAGCUCAAAAGAAAGCCCAGAUAGAAGAAGAGAAAAAAAAUGCAGAAAAAGAAAAGCAGCAGAGAAAUCAGAAAAAGAAGAAGGAUGAUGAUGAUGAGGAAAUUGGAGGUCCAAAAGAAGAACUUAUUCCAGAGAAACUGGCCAAGGUUGAAACUCCAUUGGAAGAAGCUAUUAAAUUUUUAACACCGUUGAAGAACUUGGUGAAGAACAAGAUAGAGACUCAUCUUUUUGCCUUUGAGAUUUACUUUAGGAAAGAAAAGUUUCUUUUGAUGCUACAAUCAGUAAAGAGGGCAUUUGCUAUUGAUUCUAGUCAUCCCUGGCUUCAUGAGUGUAUGAUUCGACUCUUUAGUACUGCAGUGUGUGAAAGUAAAGAUUUACCUGAUACAGUUAGAACAGUAUUAAAACAAGAAAUGAAUCGUCUUUUUGGAGCAACGAAUCCAAAGAAUUUUAAUGAAACUUUUCUGAAAAGGAAUUCUGAUUCAUUGCCACACAGAUUAUCAGCUGCCAAAAUGGUAUAUUAUUUAGAGCCUUCUAGUCAGAAGCGAGCAAUAGAGUUGGCAACAACACUUGAUGAAUCUCUUACUAACAGAAACCUCCAGACAUGUAUGGAGGUAUUGGAAGCCUUGUGUGAUGGUAGCCUAGGAGACUGUAAAGAAGCUGCUGAAGUUUAUAGAGCAAAUUGUCAUAAGCUUUUCCCUUAUGCUUUGGCUUUCAUGCCUCCUGGAUAUGAAGAGGAUAUGAAGAUCACAGUUAAUGGAGAUAGUUCUGCAGAAGCUGAAGAACUGGCCAAUGAAAUUUGAACAUCACUAAACAAGCAAAUGGAAUGACUUUGGACCAUAUCUAGUAUAUAAUAUUUUUGUCACGCACCUGCUGCAUUGCUCUAACUUACACAGAAUGAGAGGAGUAAAUGUUCUUGCCUUCAAAUAGUGUUUUACGUUUUUUAUCCUGCUGAAAAAGUAUAUAUAAAAUAUCUAACAUUACAGGAUAGAGGUUCAGUUUCUUAAAAAAUUAAAGCUGCUAAAAUUGAGUGGUUAAAAAAGAUACCUUAUCCUAUUCCUACCCACCCACCCAUGUUUUUAAACUAAUUUAUAUAAAAUCUGGAGGCUGUUACAGCUAACAAAGCAGGUGUGUGGCAGAAAUAUUACCUUAAAUUUGUCUUGUGAGAUUUUACUAUAUCUCAGACAGCAUAAAUGCUGUUUUAGCACUGGAUUCUUUCACUGAGCACAAAGAGUUGUUGGGGCUUUAGCAUCUGACUGAUUUUGUUACGGGGUUGAUUCUGACCAUAGGAAGUAUGCAAUGUGAAUCACUAUUUACAGAGAAAUCUACAACAGAUGCUUGAUGUUGUAGAAACUGGGACAUAUAGAUACCAAGCAAAAUUAUAAGAAACCUAUAAGGUGUUCAAUAUGCUCGUUUUUCCAAAAUUCACUGUACAUGAUCAGUUUGGUGUUCUUGUACCACAGUUUUUAACUGAAGGAACCAGUCGUAACAGUCUCAAUUUUAACUAAAACUUGAAGAACUAAAACAACAAUGCAAACCUUUCAGCAUUGUUUGGCCAAACUUGUUAAAACUGUAAUGCAAGAACCAAAUGCACUGUGAUGUGGCACCAACUAAUUAGCAAGCAUGAAUUUUUCACCCAAGAGUGAAAAAAGGAAAAUCUACCAUGGCUUGAAGUUAAAGAGCAGAACUCCUGACUACCAUUCUAUGACUGAUCAAAAGACUAAUAGUUAAAAACCUCAGCAGGCCUUGUUCACGAUAUGCAGAAAAAAAAAGUGCUGCAGUUUAGAUACCUCUGGAAUUUUUCCACAGUGUCACAGGUUUGUAAUACUUGAAGCCCUACAUUUCUAAGAAUAUAUUUCUUGCUCAGUCGUUUCAGGCAAGCCCAAGACUUUGUAAUUUUUAAAGGGCCCAAGAUUUUUUUUUUUUUUUUUUUCCAAAUAACAGACCAGCUUCUUUUUCUUGCAGUUACAGAUGUAAUUUCCUUUUUGUUGUCAAACAUAAGGUACCAAAUAUGAUGCAAUAAAUUGUUUUGAAAAACA